UUUAUACAACGUUUUUCCAAGCUGGGGAAGACAAAAAGUGUAACACAAGAACCUUACGCAAACAAAGUAGUACAAGUGGGAAAAGUGUUCUGUGGGGGUGACCAUGGUUUGAGACAACAAAGAUGUCUGCCCGCAUUCCACUGGUCCUCCUGGCCUGCGGCUCCUUCAACCCCAUCACCAACCAGCAUAUGCGGCUGUUCGAGCUGGCCAGGGAUCACCUGCACCAGACAGGUCAGUUCCAGGUGGUGGGCGGGAUUGUGUCUCCGGUGAGUGACGGCUAUGGCAAGCAGGGCCUGGUGUUGGCCAAGCACCGCAUCGCUAUGGCGAGGCUGGCACUGCAGAGUUCAGACUGGGUCUCCGUUGACGAUUGGGAGAGCCAGCAGCCCGACUGGACAGAGACAGUGGUCACAAUGAGGUACCAUUAUGGUCGGAUACUGAAGCAGUACCAAGAGGGCACAGGGAAGGACAAUGGUCCAACCACAAACCCCCAUCAUCUCACAAGCUCCUCUCCCAGGCUGAAGCUGCUGUGCGGAGCUGACUUCCUGGACACCUUCAAGGUGCCGGGCCUGUGGCUGGACGACCACGUGGAGGAGGUGGCGGGACGCUUCGGCCUGGUCUGUGUCAGCCGGGGGGGCCUGGAGCCCGAGCUCGCAGUGCACGAGUCGGAGACACUUUCACGCCACUGGCGAAACAUCUUCCUAGUGCGCGAGUGGGUCCGCAACGAGACCAGCGCCACGGAGGUCCGGCGGGCCCUGAGACGAGGCCUCAGCGUCAAGUACCUCCUCCCAGAUUCUGUCAUCAAGUAUAUCCACCAGCACAACCUCUAUACCGGGGAUAGUGAGCUGAAGAAUAAGGAUGUGCUAUUGAGGCCGCUUACCAAGCAGACAGAGAUGCCUGUGAAAACUCUGGAUGAUUAACUGAGAGGCUGCCAUUGGCCUUCAUUGAUGGAAGCAAGCAUAUAAUGUGCCAAUAGCAGAUACAUCUAUUGACUGUGCAAGAACAGGCCAUGUGGCCCAUAGCUAGUUCACUUCUGUCAUCUCAGUUGAAUAUGUGUCACACCACACGCACAAUGUUUUUCCAUCAGUGGGUGCCUUUUUUAUAAGCAGAUUUAUACACAUUUGUUAGUGUUGGCAAACUUGAUGUAAUAGCAAAGACAUUUGUGCAGCAGUGCAGAUGACUAGAGAGACCAGAUAAGAAUUGUGAUUGACACAGUGGAUUGUAGUAAACUGGACUAGUUUAGGAUGCUCCUAAACUAUUGCUGACAUGUAAUCUGUUUUGGAAGAGAUAUGAUCAUCACCCCCAACAGCCUGCAGAUACAGUGCGGGUAUGUGCUGGUUGGCUAGUCUACAUGAUCAGAUUAUUAUGGAUAAGAGCGAGAAUAUUUUUAUUUGUCAAAAGGCAGUCAAGCACCGAUCAUCAUGACACCAGAAUAAGAUCCUCGAUAUUUAUUGGAAAUGACCAUCAUGCUCAUCACCGUGCACUUUCAACACCCUGUGAAGCUCAUCAUAACUGUAGCCUAAUAAACUGUAUGCUUUCUCGAGUCGUAGUGGGAGGACCACACACCACUCCAAGUUUACUUCGAUAUGAUGAUGAUAUCACUAUUUGCACAUGAAGGCAUUUCCUCCACAUUCCUUGCGUAAUUAAUUUUGCGGAUACAAAAAGAUCCCACCCACGAUGUCAAAUGAACAAACUAUUUGUCGGUAAUCAUAAAAUUACCAAACGUUCUGUUUCCAUCACGGCUGUCAUUACUUUUUUUAUACAGUAUUACUUACCUGCAUAAAAACUGUGGAUGGAAACAUGGUUUAUGUUACCGAUAGGCCAACACUUAGCACUGUUUUAUAUGGCCACUGUGCAAAUGCACGUCAAGACUGGUUGGUCAGCUUAAAACAUGGCUAGGCCUAAUCAAAUUAGCAGAGUUGUACAAUUUAUGGUGUCAUUAAAAAAAAUGUGCCCCCCGCCCCAACGUAAAAAUAUUUUCAAUAAUGUUUAUGCCAACAAAUAACAAAUGUAGCAACCCUGUGUUUAUAAACGUGGAUAUAGACUUUGACACUUCAGCAUGCUUUUGUGGCACAGUCGAUGCCACGCAGGUCUAUGGGCCAGAAGGUUGAGGGUUCACUGAGAGGAACCACAGAGUAGCUCCCUGCACGUUUUAUCACUGGUAGGCCUGAAACAUUCUUCCUCACCUCAAGUUCAACUGUCUGAGUCAGUUGGAGCAAAUGCCUUCAUAUCAUAGGCUUGCAGUAGCUAAAGCUUAAUAAUAACCACACCAAAAGUUUUGUAAACUUGAGUGUAAUAUCAAAAGUCAAGCCAUUGUUUAUAGGGAAUAUAAAGUAAGAACAGGCCAUUAUAUUGCAGCAAACACAACAUAAGUUGGAACUUAAUUUGGCCUAAGAAAAUGUCUCAACUGAAUGAAAUAACAAUUGCGAACUGGUUUAAACCUUAUUGCUGUAAUUACCAACAAAGGCAAGUGCAUACUAUACACAACAAAUUACAGAAAUAGAAUCAUAUAUCAUAUACAGACCUACAUAUAACCGCGCUUAAACUAAAUAUGGAGCACACAAUUAAAAAGACUGAUAAAAUGUAAUUUAGCCAAUAAAUGUCAACAGAAUUAAACAAAACAGGUUUUGCGUAUAAAAAAAGUGUUCUAUUAAUAAAUAGGCUUACAAUAAUAAAUUAUAUACAAUAAGGAUAAAACAAGUUAUUAGAAAUACAUUUAAGUUUCAAAAUUGCAUCCUACCUAAAUAGGGAGUUGCCACUGUAGCCUCUAUUUGGCCAUGCCAACGUUCUUCUCAUCUUCCACUACAAUAUUAAAACUUAUAUUAAAUUCCCCUUGUAGACUUUUCACUAUAGGUGUACUCUUUUUCCUCUAACUUUUGUUUUACUUCAAUGAAAAAGCCAUCUGUCUUCACAAUCAACAGUGGCCUAGGCCAAGGCUCCUCUGCUAGGUCUCUCCUAAGCAGCAGGCUCAUGUGCGCACAAUGCGUGAGAGAAUGGUUCUGAAGCGCAAAUUUGGGGUGUAGGCUAUGAUAGACAGCUUCUCCAGGACAAUUUGGCCUGCUACAAUUCUAUUUAUUGACUUUUCCACAGUCAUUGUCCCAUCAGAGUUGUGCUUUCUAUCAUUCACUUGUUGCAAAUAAAAGUCAGUGUGUAGUGCACAUAAAAAAAUACUUUUGAGCUUAAAUUCACAUGUACCGAAUAAAAAAAUCCAAAGCAAUGGGUUACCAUCACAUUUUCAACUCUAGGCCUACUGAUGGUUUUGUCACAACAUGUUUUACAUGGGUAUAAGCUGUUGGCUAGAGCGCACGUGCCAAUACCAGAGUGGGCACAUUCGCACGUGCGCUCUAGCCAACAGCUUGCAGAUACAGUGCAGGUAUUUAUUACCUUCUUUUUUUUACCUUUAACUAGGCAAGUCAGUUAGGAAUAAAUUCUUAUCUACAAUGACAGCGACCAAGGCACAGUGGGUUAACUGCCUUGUUCAGGGGCAGAAUGACAGAUUUUUUACCUUGUUAGCUCUGGGAUUCAAUCCAGCAACCUUUCGGUUACUGGCCCAAUGCUCUAACCACUAGGCUACCUGCCGACCCAGGUAUAGCCUACUACAUGAUAUCAUUAUUCACAAAAGCACUAGAUUAUUUUAUUUGUCAAAUGUCAGCCAAGCAUCGAUCAUCAUGUCAGCAGAAUAAGACCCUCCAUAUAUAUUGAAAGGAGCAUCAACCUAAAUGGUGCAAGUUCAUCAGAACGUAUUUCAUCUGUAGCUUAAUAAACUGCCUGCUUUCCCAUGA